UUCUGGCAGGACGGCUGCCCACACACCCACCCAGCCUCCCCCGAGCAUGGAGCGGGCCUGGAGAUCCAUCGCUGCCCUUUUGGCCCUGGGGUUCUGGGCCUCUGGCUCACUUCAGGAGGGCGCUGGGAACCUUGGCGCUCACUUCAGCAACAAAGUUACACGUCUGUUGACAGAAGAGCCCUUGAGCCCCAAAUGUUUCACCCAGCAGCUGGAAGAUCUGGCCUGUUUCUGGGAGACAUCAGAAUUUCAGAAGGAACAAAAAAACCAGAGCACAUACAGCUUUUGCUACAAGUUUGAGGAAGACAACUCCCUGCAGUCCUGUAAUCUGACUGUGGAGAACACAUCCAAGAAUACAACACGCUACACUUGCUUUUUUCAAAGGCAGGAUAUCUCAGCUUUCAGCCCUCUGGAGAUCAAAGUCUUUGAUGGGCUGUCCCCUAACAGCACCCUCUACACCAGAACGAUAUAUGUGGAAAGACUUGUUUUCCUGGACCCCCCCUCUAACCUGACAGUGCAAUUUAUGGAGUCCCCUGGGCAGCUGAAUGUGAGCUGGCAACCACCUCCCAUUGCAUACAUGGAAAACAGUAUCCGCUAUGAAGUGUCCAUCUCCCCUGAGGGCUACAGACCCCAGCGGGUGGAAAGUACCAGUGGGCAGACAUAUUACCUCUUGAAUCUGAAAGGGGGCACCCAGUACACUUUGGCUGUUCGGGUCAAGCCUAAUGGAGUCAGCUAUGAUGGCUAUUGGAGUGAGUGGUCACAGGAAGUAUCAGUGAUGAUACCAAAUGAUCUGGACCCACUCAUCCUGAUACUCUGUGUCAUUUUGGUUGUGAUUGUUCUGCUUUUGGCUUUCAUCACCCUGAUGUUCAACCGCAGAUUUUUGAAGAAGAAGAUCUGGCCUGUCAUACCCUCCCCAGAGCAUGGAUUCAAAGACCUUUUCACCAUCUACAAAGGCAAUUUCCAGUUGUGGUUGGGGCAUCAGAGCACUUACCUGUGGUGGAGCCAGAAUACCGACUAUCUGGAGGAGCAGCCAUUUUUGGUGGAACUAUUAUCUGAAUGUGAUGGCCACAAAGUGGACAGCCCUCCCGUUCCUCCUCCCCUUCCCCCCAAGGGCUGCACUGUAGUGGAGCUCCCCCAUAUGCCAGAACUGUCCCCAGAUGAUUACCUAGUUCUGGAUGAAGAUGUGGUGCCAUGCUGCUUAGGAAGAGAUGGCUCCCUGUUUUUGCUGGGCAGCAACAGCAGUGAGGAUUCAGACCUGGUGCUUGCUGAAGAAGCAAGAAUUACAGAGCCCAGCCAAGCUUCCUCUAGCUUUGAAUACACUGUGUUUGAUCCCAGUUCUGACAGCCUCUCUCCACAGGGCCACCCAGCACAGCCCCAGCUCAAAAGCAGCUACCAGAUGGUAUCUGACUCGGGGAUCUCUGCUGACUACAGCCUUAUAGACUCCAACGCUGGCCCCACCAGCCUUUACACCAACCUCUGUGAUAGACCACCACCACCCUUUCUGCCUGCCUACAUUGCGUGCUCAUAGCUUUAGCAAGCAUGGAACCAGUCAACACACGAGAAGAACUGAGGCAGAAAGGUACCAGCCCAGCUGCUCAGUACUGUCUUCUUUCUUCCCAGGAGAAGAAGCUACAGUAGUGGAAAAAGCCAUGGAUCACCACAACAGCUCUGGCUGGCCAAGCUGCUCCUGUAGGAGGAAAAGUGGUUUACAAAACGGAUGGGGAAGAGACGGAAUGGAUAAAAGGCAGGCAGCAUAUUUGCCUCCAUGAUUAUGCAUUGAACCUAUCGACACUACUUUUUGACCAUGACCUUGUUUGUUCUCACACAGACAAGCCUAUUCUGCGAAGCUGUUAAUUGGUAACUGUAAUCAAGAGGUAUUUUGGGGUAUGGUGCAGGAGCUUUCCUGCCAGCAGUAACUAUCAGCCCCAACACUCCAUGUCAAGAUUGGAUGACAUUCUCUUGAUGUCACCUCAAAGAGUAGGGAGUGGAGUGUACAGUUUUCUUUGCUUCCGUCUUUGUCUUUCUAUGUUCUUGGGUGAAACUAAUUACCUUUUUUAAAAAAUAAAAAAUCUAUUUUCAUGAUGCAUUAUGAAAACAGUUGUUUUAAAUACACCAUCUGGCCUGGGCUUGGAGACUCUGCAGGAUUAUUUCCAGCACCAGAAAGGGAGCAAAAUUCAGGGACUGGAGCAGGAAUUCUUAAAAAUUCAGGACGUCUGGAGUUUCAGUUCAACUGCAGUUCACUCGAUGGCCUUUGCUUCCCCAACUGCAAAAACGGAUUUUAAAAAACUGGCUGAAAUGCUAAGGAAAUAUCUGAUAGACAGAAUGCCCCAAUUAUCAGAUUUUUAGAGCACUGCUUUGGUAUUCCAUCAAGUGUUUACUGUCACUGUACAUGGGCUGUUUAGAAAAUUACUGUUAUUUGUCCUUGCAAGGAUGACUUGCGAUGUUCAUGCUCCUCUGAGCAAGAUCCUAGACUCUGCUUGUGUUGAGUUCCUUCAAAAUCAGCAUACUGGAUUGAAAUCACAGGUGUUUCAGACCAAGAUUUUAAGUCUCAUGGAUAUUAGACUUAACGUACAUAGUGUUUUUUGUAAUUAUUAUGAUAAUUUAGACUGGAAA